GUAAGUAGUAAGAUCUUAAGUUGAGAUAAAUAACAAAAUUGGAAAAUAAAGUGUAUCCAGAUACCUGUUAAUUAUUAGAAUAAGUACAUGGUUCUUUGUAUGUAGGACUUGAAGACAACCACCGGUUUACCCCAUCAAGAAUAUCCCUUGUCUUACCUAGACCCGAAGCAACAGCGCCGCGGGUACCUUUUUUGGAAUGAAAUUGGAAGGAUCGGACUCAUCGGAGGUUCUCUUUACCAUGUCUACAUUUUAAAUCACCCUUAAAAAAAGAUGACUUCUGUUCCAAUUCCAAGAAAGCUUUGGGAGCAUCCCAAUCCCGAAAAGACCCAGAUGCAUGAGUUUAUGCAGCGGCUCAACAAAAAGCACGGCCUAAACCUCAAGACUUUCCAAGACUUGUAUCAAUUUUCUGUUACUAAGCGUUCUGAUUUCUACGUCGAGGUCUUCGAGCAUACUAAUAUACUCUACACCGGUUCAUACACGAGAGCGGUAGAUGAGAGUAAGCCAAUUGAUGCCAUCCCGCGUUGGUUCGAGGGCGUUCACCUUAAUUUCGCCGAAAAUCUUCUGUGGUCUCGAGGGCCCAAGGACCCUAUCGACUACCACGGAAAGGUAGGAAAAGAAGAUACUAAGAUCGCCUUGACCGAAGUCCGGGAGGGCGUGAGCGGGAUCAGACAUGUUACAUGGGCGACGCUUCGAAAGCUUGUAGCUCUCUAUGUAUCCGCCUUAUACAACGGUGGAGUAAGGCGAGGUGACCGAAUUGUUGUCGUUGGGUCUAACAGUGUUGAGACUCUGGUACUCUUUGCUGCCACAGGAUGGCUAGGUGCCAUCUUCAGUAGUAGCUCAACCGACAUGGGCGUCCAGGGCAUCUUGCAAAGAACAGUACAAGUAAACCCAAAGUAUGUUUUCAUGGACGAUGCAGCUCUAUACAACGGGAAGCGAGUGGAUUUGCGCUCAAAGAUGGCCGAAGUUGUGUCGGGGAUGAAAGAAUGUGACCUAUUUUCAGGGCUGGUUUCGAUCCGUCGUUUCCACGAUGCACUUGAUAUAAGCAAGAUACCCAAGGUCCAAACGUUAAGUUCGUUCCUUGAAAAAGGCGACCAACACUCUCCUCCACCAAUUGAACGGAUUGCGUUUCACGAGCCUUUCCUCAUCGGAUACUCCUCAGGAACUACAGGCAUACCUAAAGCUAUUGUCCACUCUGUUGGUGGUGCUCUUCUGAAUUACAUGAAGGAGACCCGCCUUCACGAGGAUAGUGACUCGAGCACCGUCACUCUACAAUACACGACUACAGGGUGGAUUAUGUACUUAGUGUGCGUUGGCCAGCUUCUGGUCGGCGCACGCGUCGUCUUAUACGACGGGUCCCCCUUUCAGCCCGAUAUCCAGACUUUCAUCAAGUUGAUUGGCGACCAGAAAGUGACCAAGUUUGGUACUAGCCCACGGUGGUUCUACGAGGUUGCUAGGGCGGGAAUAUCACCCAGAGAAAUUGCAGACUUGUCAAAUCUUCGAACAGUGUCAAGUACCGGCAUGGUACUCCCGGAUCAGCUGUUUGAGUGGUUCUAUGACAAAGGGUUCCCAACUCAUGUCCACUUGAACAAUAUAUCUGGCGGAACUGAUAUUGCCGGCUGUUUUGGAAUCGGCAAUCCGCUUACUCCCGUCUACGUAGGCGGAACGCAAGGCGUUUCCCUUGGGGUCAAGGUAGCCUUGUACGACUCAUUGCUCCCUCCCGGGCCAGGAAAGGAGGUACCAGACGGAACGCCCGGCGAACUUGUGGCUACUGAGUCGUUCCCAAACGUGCCGAUAUAUUUAUGGGGUGACAGGACUGCGACAGGUGUUCCUGGCCCGAAGUUCCACUCGGCUUAUUUUGCAAGAUUCGACCACGUAUGGGCACACGGUGAUUUCUGCGUUUUCCAUCCCGUCACCAAAAACCUCACGUUCCUCGGAAGAGCCGAUGGCGUUCUGAACCCCAGCGGCGUGCGGUUCGGCUCCGCAGAAAUCUACUCGGUCAUCGAGAGAAACUUUGCAGAUAUAGUGGCGGAUUCCAUAUGCGUCGGGCAGAGGCGGCCGCAAGAUAGCGACGAGAGCGUGAUGCUGUUCUUGUUGAUGAGGCCGGGCCACAAGUUCGACAGAAAACUCGUAAACGAAGUCAAAGAGGCUAUCAAGAGAGAAUUAACCAAGAGGCACGUUCCUAAAUACGUGUUUGAGACUCCCGAGAUACCCACGACGGUCAACCUGAAGAAAGUCGAGUUGCCGGUCAAACAGAUUGUGUCGGGUCAAAUCGUCAAGCCGAGCGGCACGUUGCUGAACCCGAAGAGUUUAGACUAUUACUACCGGUUUUCUAAGGUCGAAGACCUCGUAGCACCUAAGGAGAAGCUUUAGAACGAAACAUACGGGACUCCGCAUGAGACAUUCAAUACUUGCAAUAUAAGCGCUGUAACUGCAAUUGACUUUGUUUUGACUUGUGAAGGCAAAUAGGGGCAGAUAGGGGCAUUCCGUGUCCUGAGGAUGUUUGAUUUUAGUUUUGAUUCCGGAUCCGUGAGGUUUCCACACCAAACUAUCUGAUUAUGUGUUUUCGUUGCGGUUAAUGGAUCAGAAUAACAGACAGAACGGAUAUGCCUGAUGAAUCGGCAAUUUGUCAUGAGAGCGGACUCGUCGGCCGAUCUGGAUACUACCGUACAUACAUACCAGGUAUGUACAUCGUAUGUAGGAUUUUAUUACAUUCCGAACUGUGACAUGUACACGGGCAUCUGUGUAGGACGGCAUAGUUUCCGCUUGAACCUGUGUAAAGUAUUAUUGAUCACCUAGAAAAUCAGACGGGUUCAUACUUGUA